AUGUCGCAGUCGCUUCAAGACACGGCAAACAAUGAAGAGGGGAGACAAAAUGGAAAACUUCUACCUCCAUCAACUCUGUGGACUCCACCGGUCAGCCAGUCCGAACAAAACCCUGCUAACCUCUCCCAUCCAUACUAUGAAGCUUCAGAACAUAUACUACCAGCCACGAUUGAUUAUUCGGGGAGUCAAUACCCCAUGCCACCACCGUUACUUUCACCACCAAAUUCUAUUGAGGACUAUCAGAGGCCAAAGUUAUCGCAUUCAUUCCCUUUACCUUCUCAUCUACCUCCUCUGGAUUCGAUGAGGUACCUUCCGCCCCCAGCGCUGCCACCUCCAACACAUGGCCUUUCCGAUUGUCCCAGUCCACAGCGAUUCCUAAAUCUCUCCAACCCACCAGAUCUGAAUCAAAGCAAUCUUUCUUACUCCCAACCUCUACCUCCUCCUCAAAAUGUACAGAGCAAUGGAAAUGAUCACAGUGAUGAGGGCGAUUAUGCUGUAGAUGGUGAUAGCAGUUCUGGUGUCCAUCAUUUUUACUUUUUCAAUAAAUGGCUAUGGCUUAAUUUUGCACACUGCUACUGCAUUACAGACGGCAAGUCACGGAAGAAGAGAAAGCCUUAUACCAGAUUCCAAACCAUGGUUUUGGAGAAUGAAUUUCUUGGAAACGCCUACAUUACAAGGCAAAAGCGAUGGGAGAUUUCUUGUAAACUUAACUUAACCGAACGACAGGUGAGAAAUUCCCCUAAAAUCGAUCACAUAGGACGUAUCGGAGUGCCAGAAUUUGUACCGAUUGAAGAAGACAAAGGUCUGCAAUAUCAAACGGCGGCUUCAGGUUACGUGCUGCUGGUAAAAGUGUGGUUUCAAAACCGCCGUAUGAAGAAGAAGAAAAUCCAGUCUCGGACUUCCGGGUGUCCCACCACAAACACAACAGCGGAAAGCACCAAGUCGCCCCAUGUCGAAGACAGUGACGAUGAGAGCGAGUGCACUGAUCACUCAACUCACCAAGUGUUACCUCCGCAACUGUCCCUUGAACCCUCCAUUUCUCCAUGCAAACAACCGAUUUCCAUCAGCUAUCCCCAUCCCGUUCCAUCCCUACUGCAUCCGCCUUCUCUUCCACCUGCCCCACAGCCAAAGCCAGAAGGAUUUUACUUACCCAGCGGAUACUUACCAUGUCCUCCGCCGAAUCCAUCAACUACCUCCUCCUCCUCUUUUGGAGCUCUGCGUGAUAUUAGUACCAGCUACCCAUCGUCAACGUCUGAACUCUAUUCCGUACCUCGCAGCCAGUUCUUAGUUCCACAAAAUAAUUGGUUUAAUCCAGAUGCGAAUGCAAGUAGUGAGAACAGCAGCCCCUCAAUGGCAGGUCUAUUGAGCGGCACUAACGAUCCCGGUAGUUGUUUGUCGCAUCUCGGUAGCCCACCAAAAUCGCAGAUUAAUGGAUUAGGACGAUAUGCUGCGGUCGUGUCGAACCUACUCGAUAACACAACAGAACUUACGCAAGGGAGUGAGUACCAAAUGAACCCACUCAGUGCGUAUCUCUCUCAGACUGCCUAUCCACAGACUGCUACAGCUUUCUAUGACUCUGGUCAGACAGGAGGUGGCGAGGUUAACGGUGGCGGCAAUUAUCAUCACCAUUUUCAAAGUGAAUCGUCAAUGGUGAGGGGAGAUAAUGAAGCACCAUCCUUUGACUAUGACGGCUACCCUUCCGCAUUCGCACCACCAAUGCAGACGGGCGUUCGAACCAGUGGAGUCUAA